UGGCUCGCAUACAGUUGGUCGUAACGUUGGCCGUCAGUUUAGUUCUGUCUGAAACAUCAAUGAGUCUUGAGCAGUUGUUAAUUUAGUUUUGUAGCAACAUUCGUCGCGUUGAGAACGUUCGAACGCCUAAACAAUUUAAUAAUUAAUUCAUUAAUAAAUAGACUGCCCUGUGCCAGCCAGCCUAAAUGUAAUAUUUAUUUUUGGUGGCACAUUUAUUAAACAAAUAAAAAUUUAUUUUAUCUCAAAUAAAAAAAAAUAUAGUUUUUUGUUUUAAUACACAAAGAAAAAAAAAAAUAGAGUUUAAGGCAAGAAAAAUAUUUAUUUAACAAAAAAUAUAAAUUCAAAAAACAGCCUUAAGACUUAAGUGAUUGAUGUUUGUUUUUAUAAAUUAUUUGUGUAACUGCUUAAAAUCAAUUGCAGAUGAAUUAAAAUUUAAAUAAAUUUCGAAAAUUCUUUAAGAAAAUAAUUAAAUAUUGAUUUUGUUUUAAAAAUCAUUUAAAAGAAAAACACGUUAAAUGGAAAUUAAAUGUUAUGUUAAAGCGUAAAACAAGAAUGUCUGCAAAAAGUUUAAAAUAAUAAUAAAUUAAAUUUGAAAAAAAAAAUUUAAACAAAAGUGUAAAUAAAGAAUUUUUCUAAAAAAAAACAACGAAAAUAAAACAUAAUUACCAAACAAAAAAAAAAGCUUAAAGAAAGAAAAAUAAAACCAGAAAACAAAUCUAACCGUUAUUCUACUACUACAUACAACCACUACAAAUACAAUUUAUAAACAGAAUAGAUUUAAAACAACAACAAAAAUAAACAUAAAAAAAUUUAAAAAAUUGCUGCCAUAGAAAAUUUUUUGUUAGAAAAAAUCAAAGCAAACGUUUUAACAAAUCGUUACAAAUCGAUGAUAGUAUCGAUAACAUAACAAAUUACAACACAACAUAUUACAACAAAAGCUACAAUACGAAAAAAAGCCAAUUUAGCCUUUUCUUUUUUACAAAAAAAAAAUAAAUAAAAAAAAACCAAAAACAACUAUUGGAUAUUUUGGAUACUCUAUUUUCAAUUUUCUUUCAUUGUUGUCGUUGCUUGCACACAGUUAUAAAAUCAAACUCACACAGAUACACUAACACACACUAGUCAAUGAUUUUAUCUCGUGAUUACACUGAAAUCUAUGUGGGAUUAUAAACUCAACCCUUAAAUCUGGGGGAUACAAUGAGGCCAGAAGUAUACGAUGUUACCACAGUUUACACUCAAUGCCAGGAUUAUUUUUUUUAUGAUGGUAAUGUUUGCCACUGCAACAACAGCAUCUCUAAAGAAAACAAACGAUGUUGUGAUAAUGCUGAAAAAUCACGAGAGGGCAUUACAUGUCAAUGCCGGCGGCAAAGUGACAGCAACAGAUAUAUCUUUAGCACAAUUUUUCACCAUGGAAAGUGUAGGCGACAUUUUCAGCGACACUUUCAAAAUUGCCCUGUACGCCAAGGAAGUGGGACGUUAUUUGUGCUUCAGACGAGGAAAAUUAGUUGGAAUGAAAAACUUAACACGCGACUGUCACUUUAUCGAAUCCCUAGAUCACGGAUAUUUUUUAUAUGCUAAUGCUUAUAAUCCCCUAUGGCGUGUGGGCUUCACCAAGAACCUAAAACCCGUGGGACCGAGACACUGGGAUAGACCACAAACUCUGAAACGAGCCAGUUUUCUAUUCGUCAAAAUAAAUGCCGAGCAUUUCGAUCGUAGUCGCUUUACGACUACCACCACUGCUGCACCCAGAAUAGCGGCCACCAGGGCCGCAGCAACAGCAGCUGUAACUUUGAGGGAGGGACAUAAAUUGCACGAUUCCAAAGCUAGUAUUAUAGAUAGUAACAGUAAUAAUCAUAAGAGAACCAAGUCCGCUAAUAAUGGCCAGCGACAGCGUUUAAUAAACAAUGAGCAAGUUAAUGCUACCGGCGGUAGAAACCGCUUAUGGGGGGACAGGGACAAUGUCUUGGGGCAACGUCAUCGGAAACGCAAACAUCAUGCUAAACUGGCAGCGACCAGUAAUACUCCACAUACUGGCUCUUUGCAGCCAAAAAACUUAAUAAGACAUCAUCAUGACCAGGGAAACGGGGAGGGGCGGAGGCGUCAGCAUCAACGAGAGGAAAAAGAACGCAAAUUGCGUUUACACAACCAAAGAAGGCAGCAACAGCAAGAAAACCACAGAGCAGAAUCUGAGCCAAUGCCAAAUGCCACUAAUUCCGCCACACCCUCAGUUUCAGCCACCACUUUGGCGGCCACUGCUUCCCUGGCUCCCUCCGCCUUAAAUCUUGUUGCCAUGCUGGCAGCUGGUCGCCGCAAAAAGGGCAGACGAAAGAAGCAAGUUGAGACCAGCGAUACGAAUCUUUCCACAACAGCUGCAGCUCCACAACAAAGCAUGGACUUGCAACUAGUAGCUCAAUCUCCUUUACAAGCUCAAAGCAAAUAUGAGCGAGUCCAAGAGGACACAACAAAAGCUCAUAAACUAAGGCAUCAGCAUGAGCAUAACUAUCAUCAGAAACAACAAACUAUCGCACCAGUGAAUUCCACCAGUCCCUCAACUACGGAAGUCAAAGUACAGCAACAAAACCAUAAAUACUCAAAUAGUAAUAGAGACAGUCAAUUAUACAGUAGAACUAGUAGCAGUAGCAGUAGUAGUUAUAUAAAUAGCAAUAAUUUUAAUUUAAAACCUAAACAUAAUGUUAAUAUUAAUACUAAUUUAAAUUAUAAUAAUCAUAACCAUAACAAUAACAAUAAUAAUGAUAAUAUUAAUGCAAUACCUGCCUUGCCAAAAAAAUACUUGUCGAAACCUAAUUUUAAUCAUCAUGAAUAUUUAAUGCAACAAACUACAAGAAGCUCGACUGAUUUUAAAACAAAACAACCACAAUCUAAACAAUUUAGUCAUUCCUCCUCACAAAACAGACAGCUAGAGCAGCAGCAGCAGCAACAACAGCAGCCCCAGAUCAGCAAACGAUCUGACAACAGUCAUACUAGUCACGAUUUUUAUAAAUUACCUUUAACACUUUUACAACAUAACAAAACUAGUGACAGUGUUAAUGACAAUGACAAUGAUGACAGUGACAGUGACAUGGAUGAUAAAAAUUCCAAUAGACUUUUAGUUAAUAAUAGCAAUCUAAGUGACAAUAAUUUACAGCAGGAGCAUUUGGUAAAUCGCUUUAAGCUAAUUUAUCUAGAUCGAAUAAGCAGCCAUAAUUUUAAUUUAAAACUUAGUUCUAAUAACAAAAACCAUAUGAAUAAUACACAACAGCAACAACAGCAGCAUUAUAAUAAUAAUAAUGAAAAUAAUGAAAAUAAUUCUCCUAUUAGUAGUACAACAACAACAACAGAUGAAAAUCAUUUAAUUUUGGCUAAUUUUAAACAAAAACCACAAAUUUCAAAUGAAUUUUCAACAACCAUUGAAUUUAAAGCUAAAAACAAUAACAAUAGCAAUGGUAGCAGCAGCAGCAGCAGUAGUAAAAGUAGUAGUAUUAAACAAAAUGGUAGCAGUAGUAGUAAAAGUACUCUUAAUACUACUGCUACUACUCCUUAUAAUAAUAACAAUAAUAAUAAUCAUAGUCAUAGACGUACUAAACGAAAUAUUAAUAUUAUUACUAACAACAACAGUUAUAACAACAAUAAUAAUAACAAUGACGAAGAAGAACAAGUUAAAAAAGAAGAAAGCAAAGAUAAUAAUUAUAAUAAUGCUAAAAGUAGUAGUAAAGCUAAUAGCAGCAGUAGUAGUAGCAGCAGCAGUAGCAGCAAUGAUUAUAAAACUCUUAAUGUGCUUAAAACUCAUAAUGACAAUAAUGUCAAUAUUUUGCAAAAUAAUCUAAAAAAUAAUCAACAGCAAGAAUAUUUAAAUAUUUUAAAGGCUUCUUCUUCUACUACUACUACUAGUGCUUAUCGCAAUAGCAGAUUGUUGUCAAUUUUAGGCGGUCAACAACAUAAUAAUACAAUUAAACAACUGCAGCAACAGCUAAAUAUUCAAUUUAUUAACAAUCCUAAUAAAUAUAAUUAUUAUAAUGAUAAUAAUAAUGGUAACAAUAAUGAUUAUGAUCAUAAUGUUGAUGAUGUGCAUGAUGACGAUGAAAAAUUUAAAAGAAUCCAAAAUAAAUAUGAAAAAAUUAUAGUACAAUACAGAUCUGUAUUUAAUUGAUUGGAAUUAA